AGUAUCCGAAUUAGUCAACAUAAAACACCGAGAUUGGUCCGAUAAUUCUUUACGAAUACAAGGCAAAGGUAAUAAAGUCCGAUAUGUGCUUUUACCUCCUUUUUUAGUGAAAUAUAUCAGUCUUGGAAGUAAGGGAUAUUUAUUUACCAAUCAGGGAGGACGGAAAAUUUUAACCGAUAAAGUUCGAGAAAUAAUUCGAGAACGAACCAAAUUGGCAGGCUUAAAAAAAUGGGUUAGCCCUCAUACUUUUAGAAGAAGUUUUGCUACUCUUUUAGACCGAAAAAGGGUAAGAAUGACAACCAUUCAAAAACUUUUAGGACAUAGUAAUUUAGAAACCACUUCCCAAUACAUUCACAAUGAUUAUGAGAGUUUGUAUGCUGAUUAUAGAAGCAUUAAACCGAAAACGACGAGAAAAGAGGAGAAUGGCAAACCUGAAAGCAAAAAUGUCGAACCCUGCUCCCAUUGCCCUGAAUUAGAAAGGCAGAUAAAAGAAUUAGAAAAACAAUUGGAUGCCGUUGCUACUUUGCCUGCUACUUAUAUUGACGAAUUUUACCAAAAAGGAACCGAACAAACGGAAACAAUUAAUCGUUUAAAAGAAAAAUUACGAGAAAAGGACAAGGAAAAACAACAACUAAUCCAAAAGUAUUCAAAAGGGGAAAAUCAAGCCCAAAAUAAGGGCAAUUAUCAACAAAUACCUCAACAAUCCCACUUUACCUCUUUAUUUUACGAUAAGGAACAUAAGAAAUUUUUUGAGACCUUAAAAAUAAACGGUCCAGAGGGACAAGUCCCCAAACAAUAUUUAACGGCCAAAUUAGGCACUCCUCAAACCGAACUCCAACAAAAUCUUUUAUUUGAAUUAGUGAAAAAAAUCAAUUCUUACUAUACCGAAGAAAACCAUCAAUCCACUACGGCUUAUUCUUUAUUAGGGCAAGUCCAAGAAAUAGCCGAAAAGAAAUUUAAAGAAGGUAAAAGACGAGGGCAAAUCUUUUACUCGAUCCGAUUAUCCGAACCCAAAGGGGAGAAAUUCCGAGCCUUAAAAGAGGACUUAUCCCCCGAAAAAUGA